CGCCGUCCCGAUGCGGUCAUCACCCGAGGCGAACCGCGUCGCCGACCUUCCCUGCCUUUAUCCACAUGCAACCUCGAAUCUCGACCGCUGACGACCAUCCGGGCCCUACCAGGGAGGCUCGUCACUCCGAUACUGUCAUUUUUUGUAGGCAGAUUAUUGCCGAGUCUCGCAUGUAUCCCCAACCGCGAUAGGAACCCAACAGCUUAGGGGCUGGCCGUCGCCAUGCUCUCCGCAUUCACGGCUCGGCCCAUCAUCGAGCUCAAGCAGCGGGACAAGUCCAAGAUCGAGACUAUCCUGGCCUAUGGCGACCGUGUGCUCGUCGGGCUCAACACCGGUUCUCUUCGAAUAUAUCGCGUGAACGAGUUUCAUCCCCCCUCCUCGUCGAACGCCCCAACGAACGGCGCAUCGGUCUCCGAGCCAGACAAUGUUCCAACUCGGAACACCGAAUCGGGCAGCCGGCCUCCCCCGAGUUCCCAGACUGCGCCGGCGACCAAACCCACUGAUCUCCUCCGGGAAUUGGAUAAGUUCUCUACGCGGGCUAUCGAGCAGCUCGCCGUGAUCAAGGAGGCGAACACCCUCGUGUCCCUGUCCAAUUAUGCAAUAUCCCUUCACGACCUCCAAACCUUUGAGCCCAUCGAGUCCCCGCUCCCGGGCACCAAGAAUGCCUCGACCUUCGCGGUGACGAGCAACAUCGUCAAGGACCCCGCCAUGGGGAUCCCUGAGAUCAUCUCCCGCCUGGCAGUGGCCGUCAAGAGGCGGCUGUUGCUGUGGUCGUGGCGCGAGAGCGAGCUUGGCCCAGAUGUCGGCGAGAUCGUGCUUGCUGAGUCGAUCCGGUCAGUCACUUGGGCGAGUGCUACCAAGGUUGUCUGCGGAAUGAAUGGGGGCUACGUUCUGGUAGAUGUCGAGACCCACACUGUGGAGGAUGUUCUUGGACCUGGUACAAUAAGCGGCAGCACAGGGGCCCAGGGUAGCAAGUUCGGCGCGGUCAGUGUUGCCGGUAUGGGGUAUAUGGGCCUGGGUGGAUAUGUACCGAAACCGCUGUCGGCAAAACUGGCGGAUGGCGAGCUUCUGCUUGCAAAGGACAUCAAUACCCUCUUCAUCAAUGACUCCGGCAAGGCCCUGACGAAGCGACAGAUCCCGUGGGGGAGCGCGCCGGAGGAUAUUGGAUAUAGCUAUCCUUACAUCCUCGCGCUGCAGGCCCCUUCGAAGGGGACUCUCGAAGUGCGGAACCCGGACACGCUGAGCUUGUUGCAGACUAUCAGCCUGCCAGGGGCUUCCGCGCUACACUUCCCGCCGCCCACCGUCAGCCUGGCGCAUGCGGGCAAGGGCUUCCACGUUCUCAGCGACAGGGCAGUAUGGAAGAUGGACGCGACAGACUACGAUUCCCAAGUAGAUGAGCUGGUCAAAACCGGAAAGCUAGAUGAGGCCAUCAGCAUCUUAAACAUGCUGGAGGAUGCAUUACUCAGCAGUAAGAAGGAGACGUUGAGGGAGGUAAAGAUGCAGAAAGCGGAACUAUUAUUCAAGCAGAAGAAGUAUCGCGAGUCAAUGGAUCUCUUCAACGAAGAUGAGGUCCAUGCUCCUCCAGAAAGAGUACUCAAGCUUUUUCCCAGGAACAUCUCGGGCGAUCUCUCGAGGAUUCAAGAAGACGGGGAAGACAGGGAUGGUGAACCCGAGCAUGAGGAAACCAACGGAAACGCAAAUGGGGAAGCCUCAAAACCCGAUACUUUGAAACCCGACGCCGCAGUCGAGGCUGCCUCACCCCAGAAAGGCGGGGGGGGCUUCGCAAAAUACUUGAUGGGGCACCGAAAGGCCCAUCCGGAGACAGCGUCGAUCGUUUCUUCCAGGAAAAGCCAAGAGGAAGACGACGCAGCCAGCACCAAGGGCAGCAUCAAGGGCAAGUCCAAAGAGGAACAGGCUCAGGCAGAAAAGGAUGCCAUGGCUGCCGUCUUGGAGCUGAAUGGUUACCUUGCUGGUACACGCGCCAGAUUACAAAGGGAAAUUGAUCCGGCAACAGGGAAACUGAAGCCGCGAAAGUCCCAAAGCGGAACGACGGAAGAAGCUUUCAACUCUCUUCUAACAUCGUCACAAGGCAAAGACCACAAGCAGCUAGAGGACGAGCUCAAGAACACGUUUAAAACGGUCGACACGACACUCUUCCGGGCUUAUAUGUAUUCCCGUCCCACCCUGGCCAGUUCCUUGUUCCGGAUACCCAAUUUUUGCGAUCCCGACGUGGUCAACGAGAUAUUAGUCGAGCACAAUCGGUAUAACGAGCUCGUGGAUUUCUUCUACGGAAAGAAGCUCCAUAGGCAAGCCCUACAGCUCCUCAAGAGGUUUGGAGCCCCAGAAAACCCGGACGAGGAGGCACCAUCGCUUCAUGGCCCGCAGAGGACGGCCAUGUAUCUUCAGAACCUGCCCCCGGAGAUGAUAGACUUGAUCAUCGAGUUCUCCGAAUGGGUCCUUAGGAAAGACGCCAAGCUUGGAAUCGAGGUAUUUCUCGCGGACUCUGAGAACGCCGAGACACUGCCGCGGGACCGUGUCAUCAAGUUCCUCGGUGAGAUUGAUGCCGGGCUCGAGGUGCAAUACCUAGAGCACAUCAUCACGGAGCUGGGCGACAAGACGCCCGACUUCCACAACCGCUUGGUAGAGCUGUUCAUACGGCACCUUAAAGAGAAGGCAAAAGAUGAGGAGUGGAAUGCGCUGAUGGAGCGACUGAUCCGGUUCCUCCAAGACAGCCAGGAGUAUGGCCGCCUACGGGCGUUUGGGCUCAUACCAAGAGCCGAUCCGGAUUUCUACGAAGCCCAGGCCGUAGUUCUGAGCAGGAUGGAACAACACAAACAAGCCUUGGAGAUAUACGUCUUUAAGAUGGAGGAUUAUGAAAAAGCGGAGGACUAUUGCAACCGAAUCUACAAGGCUCAAGAAGCCCAGCAUACUCCGACCGCCCAAAGAAGCGCCGACUCCGCCGACGAUGCGGAGGAGGAUCCACAGCCAUCCAUAUACCACACGCUCCUGACUCUGUAUCUAAACCCCCCACAAGACCAGGCGCCAAAUCCAGGUCCGGCGCUCGAGCUCCUCUCCAAGCACGGGUCCCGGCUGUCGGCGGAAUCGACGCUCCCCCUCAUCCCGGACGCGCUGCCCGUCGCCCAGCUCGAAUCGUACUUCCGGGGGAGGAUGCGCGCCGCCAACAGCGUCGUCAACGACACGCGCAUCGUCGCCGGGCUGCGGAGGACGGGGCUCGUCGCCAGCCAGGCCCUCCUCCUGCUCGGCGACGGCACCCCCGGCGGGCAGGGCGGGAAGAACAGGCGCGUGGUCAUCGGCGAUGAGAGGGUGUGCGGCGUCUGCCAUAAGCGGCUUGGUGGGAGCGUCGUUGCAGUGAUGCCUGACAACAGUGUCGUGCACUAUGGUUGUCUGGCGAGGGCGAGGUCCGGUGGGCCCGCACAGGUGGCGGGAGGAUGGGGUCGGAGCAGCGGGAAUGGGGUGUGAGAUUAGAAACCCUGUGUGGUCCUGCCCGAACUUUUGCUGUUCAUAGAUGGGAAACAUAUACAUAGCGAGGUGGAUGAAGUUGGCUUGGCACUUGCACGUAGAGGACAAUACCCGGCGCAUGAGACUGUAGGAUAAUCUGAGCACAACGUGCAGAGUUUCGGAUGGCCGGUGUCGGUCGUGCGAGUCGGGCCUGAGUAUUGUUUCUUUGAUCUAGUCGUCCUCCUCCUCCGGGACCUCUUCGCC